AGUUGCCCUACGUAUUAAACCAAUGGUUGCCCUUCGUCACUGUCUAUGGACGCAUGCUGCCCUUUACCCUCUCGCAGAAGCCAUCCCAGGGCUCUUCGCACCACCUUGUGCGUCCCUUCCGACCAACCUUACAGAGGACUACUAUGAGGCACCACGUAUAUUACCGGUGAUUCCAGCUCAUUUCGAUUGGCGCGAUGUUGAUGGGAAAAACCUGGUCACGACUGAUCGAAGCCACUCGAACCCUGGGUCGUGUGCUGCAUGUUGGGCCUUCGCACUCACUCACACACUUUCCGAUAGAAUCCGUAUUCAACGCAAGGCGGCCUUCCCAGAGGUUAACCUAGCGGCCCAACCUCUGUUGACAUGUGCCUAUCAGGCGGGCAAUGGUUGCCGGGGUGGACGGGUUCUCGAUGCAGUUCGUUAUAUUAAGGAGCAUGGUAUCACUGAUGAGACCUGCUCGCCGUAUUUAGGAAGGGGCAGGGACUCUGGAGAGGUCUGUCGAGGCACAACCCUAUGCGUCAAUUGUGACGCUGAUGGGUCCUGUGGUAUUCCCAAGAGCUAUUCUACAUUCUAUAUUGACCAGUACGGUUUAGUGAAGGGAGAGGGCAAUAUACAGUCGGAGGUGAUUACUCGUGGUCCUGUUGUUUGCCAUAUGCACGUUGAUGAAACCUUCCGUGCCAAUUACUUGCCUGGGCAAAUCUGGGACUUCGCUUAUCUACCCCAGGAUGCAGAAAUCAAUCAUGCAGUAGAGAUCGCUGGAUGGGGUCAGGAGGCUGACGGUACUCCUUACUGGAUAGCCCGUUUUUCUUACGGUUCUGAAUGGGGUGACCACGGUUGGGCCAAGCUACGUCGUUCCCCGACUGGCCUCAUAGAAAACAGUGGAUGUGUGUGGGCGACCGUGAAUCCCGAUGCUUGGAAGGACUGGUCGUUGUAUCCGAAUGUCAAGUAA